AUGAGUUCUAAAAUGAACAUCCGCCUCAUCGCAGCUAUGUCGCGCAACCACGUGAUCGGAAAGAGGGGGCGGCUACCAUGGUCCAUUCCCGAAGACUUUGCCUACUUCUUGGAAGCCGUGAGAGGCGACGUUUGCAUCACUGGCCGGAAGUGCUACGCUGAGCUUGGCAGCGCCAUUCCCGGCUCAGGCCUUCACAUCGUCCUGUCCACACAAGACCUCACCUAUCCAGACGCUGUGGUGCGGCCUUCAUUGGAUGCAGCACUGCAAGUGGCACGAGGCAGCGACGCAGCAAAUGUUUGGAUUUGCGGCGGUACAUCCGUGUACCGCGAAUCUUUCCCCAUUGCACAGGAGUUUUGGGCAACUCUCGUCCAUGCGGAUGUUGACGGUGAUGUCUACUUCCCCCACAACUGGCAGCAACAUUUUCCAGUGGAG